GGAGAGGGAAAAACUCUGUUACUCACUCAGUCUCCAAGUUUGAGAGGAAGUUACCACCUCUUCCCCAGACUCUGAGCACACACUCCAGGCGGAGACACACACAUUCACACACAAGUUGUUCAGGACAGCAGCAAGCGUGAAACACCCAGGACUGCUUGUAAAUGUGUUAGUGAAGGAAAAGAAGGUUUGCAUUUCGUCCGAAGAUCCUGGAGAGGACUAAACAACUUCAUCUGGGACGUUUUCCUUUCAUUACUAAACAGGUGGCCAAAUGAACUGUUUAGCCUGAAGACCAAAGAUCAUAGGCCUUGAUCCAACAGCAACUAAGCGGCCAGCGGAUCGAGAACACUGCAGACUUUCUUUACAUUAUGAGUCGGGACUGAAGAAUUCCUUUAGGAUUUCGUUUUGUGGUGUUACAAAGUGAAGAAAAUCACCAUGGAUGUCAAGAAAAAAGAAAUGGAUCUCCUUAGCAACAGCAUUGCAGCUUUUGCACAUAUUAAAGCCAAUCCAGAAAGUUUUGGGCUGUACUUUGUCCUCGGAGUAUGCUUUGGUCUGGUGUUGACCCUGUGCCUUUUGGUAAUCCGCAUAUCAUGUAAGCCAAGGACAAACGUCGCUCAUCCCACUCCUGAAAAGAACCCCUUAAAAGACACCAGCAUGGAAGAUGAAGAAAGUGACGACGAUGAGGAGGAUGAUGGGGAGGAUGUAGAGGCAUCUGUUGCAUUGCCCAUCACUGAAAUUCCUGUUGGCAAUCAUACCAGCCAGUCAGACGGCACUUUAAGUGUGAACGUUUUUACUUCAGCUGAGGAGCUGGAACGUGCACAGAGGCUUGAGGAGAGGGAACGGAUCAUACGGGAGAUCUGGAGGAAUGGCCAGCCUGAUAUCCUGGGGACAGGAACAGGGACUAUUGGAAGAGUGCACUACUACUAAUAUACAAAAAGCUUUAAAGAAGCCUAGGAGCAACCUUGGGGCCUGGUGUCCUUCAACCUGAGUGCUUCUGUUAGAUAUAAAGUGACUUGUGAAACAUAAAAAAAUUUUAUGGUGCCAAAUUUCACAUCUUUUUCUUAGAGAGAGCCAAACUUUGAGAUAUUGCACUUCCUCUGUAGCAUGCUAUAUAUGUUAAUGUCAACUGUCUACAUGUACCUGAACCAAGAGAUGUCUUAACAGCCUCGUGAAAUCUGAGUGGAAUGAAUGGUAGAGCUGAAGGAUUCAAGGAGAAAUAAAAUUUUAAAUAUACAGCAGGGAAUAUAACUUUUGAACAUUGCACAUUUUUUCUCAGUUAAUAUAUUCCUAGCUGGCUUUUUGAUGUAAACUUACCAACAGAUGUCUUUAAACGGGAUAUUCAUUUGAAUAAUUAUAUUAGCUGUUCUUCCAGCAGCCUCUUCUGUGUGAGUUUUGCCCAUUUUGCUGAUUAGGCUCCCGUUAAUGCUGCGUUCACACCGGGGGCAGCAGGCGCAACAGAAGCAGCGAGUUUACAUGCAAAGUCAAUGGUUGACGCGCGUCAAGGCGCAGCAAAAGGUCCCGCGGCGCGUUUUGAGCA